AUGGCCAGAACUUUUAUAUCCAGGUUACAUGUCUAUUUGACUGCUGCAGCAGUAUUCAUACUAAUACUAAUUAUCAUUAAAGGUAUCAUCUAUUCCAUCAUUGAAGACUCGUUGCCGUCCGCAGAAGACCCGAGCUUUGUUCCGGGUGCAAAGUCAAUAUUCUUCCACGACACAUCUUGCCGAGGCGGCCUGACUAUACGCCAAGCGUGUUCGGUAGAAGCAGCCGCCAGAGCACACCCUGAGCACAUUAUCUACGUGCUGUUCAGCUGUCCAGUCACCAACUGCGCGCAGAAGACGACCUGCCUUGCGACGCUCCUCGAAUUCCCCAAUGUGAAGUUCCUGAGAGUCGACAUUACUGAAUUUUCUAAAGGAACAGCCGUGCAGUCUAUAGUACUCAACGAUAUAAAACUUAGUCAGUACCCGAUACAGCAUGCAGCCGACAUACUGAGAAUAUUGACCCUUAAUAAAUGGGGUGGCAUGUAUCUGGACACAGACAUGAUUGUGACGAGAUCUUUAGAGCAUUUGCCGAAGAAUUUUGUGGCUAAAGAAAAUCUAGAUGACGUCGCUUCGGGCAUCCUGUCUUUUGCGAAAGACGGAAUUGGAGCCAACAUAACUAAUAAAAUUCUCGAGUAA